AUUUCAAGUCGUCCCAUUGAUUGCAAAGGAUCCUUCCUUUUGCUUUUAGUAUUUGCUUAUAUAAACCAAUACUUUCAGUGCCAAGCUUCCAUCCAAUACUUCCUAUUGAAAGAAAGAAUUUGGUAUAGCCACUAAGCAAAUUCAGGCACACUAUCUUUCACUUUCUGGUGGCCAAAAUUAUAGAAGGAUCAUCACCGUGUGAGGCUGCAGCAUCUUGCUAUAUAUGGAGAAUGAUGUAGCUAUAGAGCUUGAAGCAAUGCUGGAGAAGGCACAACCUUUGUUUACAACCGAAAGUUGCUGCAUCUACAAGGUUCCCAGUCUACUCCGCCAAUCAAACGAAGAUGCAUACACCCCGGUGCUUGUUUCAAUUGGCCCUCUGCAUCACGGGAAUUCCAGACUGGUAACUAUGGAAGGGCACAAACAGUUUUUUUGUCAACAUUUCAUUAAAAGAUCGGAGGCAAGUUUGACCGAUUUGGUGAGUUGCGUGAAACAAUUGGAACCACAAAUUCGUGCAUGUUACUCGGAGAAAAUCGAGCUCACAGUAGAUGAAUUGGUGAAGGUGAUAUUCAUAGACUGUUGUUUCGUAAUUGAUCUUUUCCUCAUAGAUGAGUGGGUAAUAAAUGAUGAUGUCAUCCAUUCAAAAUCGUGGAUGAGUAAUCUGGUAAUGCAAGAUUUGACAUUACUUGAGAAUCAGAUUCCUUUUUUUGUCUUUGAGAAGAUAUACAAUCUAGCUUUUGCUUCUCCCGUUAAUGUUGGUGUACCCCCUUCAUUUAUGAGGCUUGCUUUUGGUAUAUUUAAAAUUCACAACCACCAAGGAGUGUCACCACCUUCGGAUGGUAGAACUAUAGCACACUUCACUGAUCUGGUUAGAUACUUGUACUUGCCACCAUCUCAUAGAAUACCUUCAAGGAACCCUGUACCGUUAGUUAUUGGUCACAGUGCAUCUGAGUUAGUUGAAGCAGGAGUCAAGUUCACAGUAAAUAAACACGGCAUUGGCAUACUAGACUUGGAAUUUGAACAUGGUAUUCUUAAAAUCCCGCAUAUUGUAGUACAUGAUUUCACUGAAGUUUGGUUGAGGAACAUCGUGGCUUUGGAGCAGUGUCACUAUCCUGAUGACCACUACAUCGCUGACUACGUUAACUUCCUUACUCGACUUGUCAACAGAGACAAGGAUGCGGAUGUCCUCAUUGAAGCUGGAAUAAUUUGGAGUACGAUAAGUGGUAAUGAUACUUCAUUGGCUAAGCUAUUUAACGAUGUUGAUAAAAAUUUUAUAGCGUCAAAUGUCAAUGUUAAUUAUCUCAAAAUUUGUGAUGAUUUGAAAGCUUAUUACAAGCAUCCUUUUCACACUAAAAUAGCAACUCUCAAACUUACUCUCAGACGUGAUUAUUUUACCACUCCAUGGAAGACAGCAACUUCUAUUGCUGGAAUUGUAUUACUCGUUCUUACUUUUGUUCAGACUAAAUGUUCUAUUCUCCAAGUUUAAUAAGUUCUUACUUUUGUAUUCUUUCAUUAAUUUAAGAUUGUAAUAUAUGUUACUACUCGUUUGAGUUUGUAAUUUAUAUAUAUUAUUAUUGUUGC